AUGUCAGCUCUCAGCCUGCUCAUUCUGGGCCUUCUCAUGGCAGUGCCACCUGCCAGCGGUCAACAAGGCCUGGGAAACCUGAAGCCCUGGAUGCAGGGCCUGAUCGCUGUGGCUGUAUUCCUGACCCUCGUUGCAAUUGCCUUUGCGGUCAACCGCUUCUGGUGCCAGGAAGAGCCGGAGCCCGUGAACAUGGUCAUGAUGGUUGGAAACAAAGCAGAUGGGAUGCUGGUAGGGACAGAUGGAAGGUACUCUUCGAUGGCGGCCAGCUUCAGGUCCAGUGAGCAUGAGAAUGCCUACGAGAACAUCCCUGAGAAGGAGGACAAGGUCCGGAGCACCCCCAUGUGA